CUGAACAAAACCAGCUACUUCGAAACCGGCCUCCGUCUCCUCCAGAAAGCCGACAUAUCCUUCAAUCUCGUCAAAAAUGGCAUCCAUCCCGACUACAAUCUCUACAGACUCGCCGAUAUAAAGAGCGCCAUUACCGAAGGCAUCGGCGCGGAGCCUCUGAUCCGAUGCAGCAGGGGGCCGUUCGGUAAGUUUCAGCUUUUCGAGGUGCAUAUCUGCGUCGAUAAUGGCGGAUCGGCGGCGAUCGACUGCCCUGUGAAGCCUAAGUUUACCUGCAGUGAGGAGAUACUGUUCCAUCCUUAUAGGGGGUGGAUGCUGAACGAUACCACGAAAGGGAUUGGGACUGGUUCGGUGAUGGAUCUGCUGCCGAUUGAUGUGGAAUGAGAGGUGGAGGGAAGAGGGAGGAAGUGUGAUUAGGGUUUAGGGUUGAAUAAUGGAGGAAGUAGCCGAUGGAACGCGAACGCUUGUUCUGCUGUUCUUAGGUUUUGGUUUAUGGUGUUGCGCUUCUGCUUGUAAGAUUGAAGGAAUGUGUUCUUCACUUCUUCUUCUUUCUCUCAGUAGUUCAUGGCAGCAAUAAAUGGGCAAGUAAAAUUUAAAUAAAA